GUCAGUCCUGGUUACAUCAAGGAGGCGAACGCACUUUGUGAAAAGCAUUUUGGUUCAACGUUUGGUCCGCGUCUAAUAAAAGGUUUUGACAAAGAGAUUGUAUUUGGUGUCGAGAACUCACAGAGCGAAGAAGAUGAAGGAAUUAUUAAUCUGAGAAGUGUUAUUAGAACUGAUGCAUCAAGGAACUUUCCGUUCGUGAACGAGAAGCUUCCCCUUCAGUGGCUUCUCUGUGAGGAGGAAAUAAUAAAAUAUCGACAAAACCCAAACAGCAAGAUGUGUAAAACUUUGGCUGAAUUUAAGACGCUACUAGAAGAAAGAUGUAUGGUAAAGUUUACUGAUGAUGAAUUUCAUUCCAUGAUAUCUUUUUUUCACGAUAGUGGGCUAAUCCUAUUGCCAGGUAAGUUACUUAGUUUUGUUCUGUCGAAAUCGAUGUCUGCAUGUCUGUGUGAAGACGCGUUAUAAAAAAUCUAUCUGUUUUAUCGUUUUGCUGGCUUGGUUUAUUUUAUUACUUUUUGCUUCGUAAAAUUCGCCUUUGGCGCCGAAGUCCCUUUAUUUGCUUGUUUUUAUUUGUUUACAUUUGUGUUUCCGUUGCUAUUAAUUUUGAACGGUUUAUUUGUCGCUUUGAGUCAGGCAUUUAGACACAGGGGGCCCCACUAUGAGUUAUGAUUGAAAUAAUAUUGUAUUUAUUUUUAAAAACCUACUUGAAUCCCUUGAUACUCGAUUAUUUCUUCUCUCGAAGUUCUGUAAACAUUUCGAACUGCUUGGAGUCAUUAUACUAUCACUCUACGUGACGUUUCACGAAGUAUAGAUGAUCGCUGACAAGUAAGAACGCGGGCGCGAAAAGACGAAGGCGGCGAAAGAAGGGAAAAUUAAACUAAAGGGUUGAAACUUCGGCGCGUCAUCGUUUGAUGUGUUCCAUAAGUAGGUUGUUCUCCGGCAAAAUUCGCACGGAGCCCCAAUGUGAGUUAGGAUUGAAAAAAUAUUGUAUUUAUUUUUAAAAACGUACUUGAAUCCCUUGAUCAUCCAUUAUUUCUUCUCUCGAAGUUCUGUAAACCUUUUAAAUGGAUCGGACUCAUUAUACUUGACGUCACGAGAACAACCUACUUUUGGAACACAUUGUGCGAAAAAAACCCUUCGAGUGUUUCAUGUAAAGACACACGAAAAAUCAAUCGUUUAUUGAAUCUACUACAUCAGUUGUGAAGAUAUAUCCAAAAAGACAUAGAAUCUGAAAAAAAAUAUUCGAGAACACAAAUAAAGUGUGAAUUUUAAGGCAUUUAGAAAUGUCAUCUAGUCUAAGUUUCAACCCUUUAGUUUAAUUCUCCCUUCUUUCGCCGCCUUCGUCUUUUUGCGCCCGCGUCCUUACUUGUCAGCGAUCAUCUAUACUUCGUGAAACGUCAUGGAGAGUGAUAGUAUAAUGACUCCAAAAAGUUCAAAAUGUUUACAGAACUUCGAGAGAAGAAAUAAUCGAUUAUCAAGGGAUUCAAGUAGGUUUUUAAAAAUAAAUACAAUAUUAUUUCAAUCAUAACUCAUAGUGGAGCCCCCUGUGAUUUAGAUGUUGUAUUUCUCACUGGAGUUUCCGUUAGACUGAUUCUUUUUAUUGGUUAGCUUUACUUUGUAGUUGUAAGCAGGGUCUUAGUUUGAAUGCCGUUUUACCACGCGCAUUUAUAAAUAAUUAGCCCGUUCAUCUUAUCUAUAGCUGUGGUUUUCCAUUUUUUCCAAUAAUGGAAACGAACGCGACUCAUUAUUUAUGUAAAGCCUUGUAUGUUCAUAAAUUAAGUGUUGCUACUUACAACAUGCAGACAGAAUUACCUCAUAUUGCCGCAAGAAAGUUUGUAAAAUCUAGUUGUGUUGAAAUUAGCAAUGUGAUCAGUGAUAAUUAAUGUUUUGAUGGAUAUGCAUUGGGAACCAUGUUAAACUUGCUUUAAAUGACCCCAACUAGACUUGCUAAAAUAACUUGUUUUAAUGUCAGAGUGAAAUACAGUAUAAGCGUAUGCUCGCAUUGUGUUUGGUUGUAAAGCAUAACACAAACACAGGCAGAGUCUUUGGUUGGCGAGCAUAACUGGUAUAAUUGUGUUUUUGCUAUUCAAAGUCAUUGGCAUGUACACACCCUGGAUAUUUUACAAACACGCCCAAGUUAUAAAAUCCUAUCUGAGACCCUAGUUGUAGGUGAUUGGUAAGUGAUUUGUUAAAAAAUUGUUUCCCUGUAUUUUUAUAGGAAAUAUGUCUGGUGUCCAGGAAGGGUCGGUGGUAAACGACUUAGUGAUACUCUCUCCCCAAUACUUAGUCGAUAUCAUGACCAGCAUUCAUGACGUCCCGAAGGAUCGCAAUUUCCAACGGCAGUUCUCGGACGAGUUUCGCAAACUUGAGACGAAAGGUCGAAUCGACAGCCAUGUUCUGGAAUAUGUUUGGAAGAAUAAAGAAGUCAACGCUGAAAUACUUGUCGAACUGUUGUCGUGCUUCAAUAUACUUUAUCCCCUCAGCAAUGAAAAGGAAAUAGGUGAGCAAUCAGGAACGGAAUAUAUAAUACCAUGUAUGUUAAAGAACAGAUCAGAUGAACGGUGUGAAAAGCGAUGGCAAAAAGCCUGUGAAACGUGGAAAGGUGAAUGGGAUAAAGAGCAUCACUUUGUUUUUGAUUUCGGCCGCUUUCUUCCACCUGCAUUGUUCCACUACUUGUUGGUUCACAUAUAUCGCCACAGCUGCAAGACAAAGGCGAUAAAACCUACUAUUGAAAGACAAACAGCGAUUUUUUCCUUUUCAAACCAAUUCUUGUUUCGUUUGAAGUUGGUUCCAGAACAUUGCCAGAUAUGGGUCUAUUCCAGGUAAGCAACAGAUUACCUUGCCAAUUACUUACGGGGUGAAUAGAAAAAUCCAGAGCCUUCGAAUCAAGUGUAAAUUUUGAAAGCAACGCUUUGUUUACAUUUUGUUUAAAGCUUAUUCAUUUAGCUUCUCCACGGUACCAUACAUUUGAAAUUAAACAAUUGGUUCACGAAUAAUAUUUUGAAAUUUGACAUGAUGUGCCAAAUCAAUACUAAAUUAUUUUGAGAGCAAAGCGAAAAAUGUAAAGUUUUUUUCGCAAUGGUUCAUCAAGAACGGAAAAACUAUAUUACAGCAUUCAUUUAGUAACUUCCAUGUAUUAUUGCACCUUGGACACAAAUGACACCUUACUCGAAAAAGAAAAGGACAAACUUUAAUUAAAAUUUUCUUGUUUGUCAUGUUACUCUGAGUCAUGUGCAUCCGCAACACAUCACAAACAGAUUAACAUCACAAACAUCAUAUUCAGCUGAGUACAUAACACCAACACACACAAAUAUCAUAAAAUUUUCUUGUUUAACCAAGAAACUCGGUUAAUAUAACAUUCCUGGUUGAAUCUCCUGGUAUAGUCUGGUUAACGUAACCAUGAAUUUGGUUAUAUUUAACCAGGACAUCUUUCUUAAUUUCGCCAGGCUAUGUUACAGUAGAUGGAUGGAUAAACCAUGCAGGUGCCCCUGGUUAUAUUUUUUGCUCGUGUUGCGCGUUACCAUGGCCACCACAUGCAGCGAACUUUAUUUGUCACCCAGGUAUGGCAUUUUUGAGAGGCGUUAUGUUCGUCUUGGAAAAAACUUCUGUCACUACUGUUUCACGGCUGACAGUCACUCAAACUUGUUUCUGUUUGAAAGUUCGUUUAAUUAGCCUAAUUACCUGUAAAAUUUUGCAAACGUUUCCUCACGAAAUUUACAUUUGGACAUUGUUAAUAUAAUAAAGUUUGUUAAAAUGAUAGUUAAACUUCCCACGUGACAUUAGCAAAAUGAAAUAUUUUAUUUUAGCUAAUCACCAGCUUGAUAGAUAUUUUAUCCACUCUCGGAUUGCGCAUGCGCAUAACGAUGAAAACCGUCUAACGUCCAUAACAUAAUGGCGAAUGACUUUGCACUUCGCUAUAUUCGUACAUUCGCGUGCGUAAAUAGGCGAGCAGAUUAUUGCCCGGGACGGCGUUGACUUGCUGGGAUAAACAAUUGUAGUUGACGGCGCUUUUGUAAUAUCAUGACUUGUCAAGGUGAAGUCGUUGAAGCCAUUUGCCAUUAGUCAAAGACGAAUGAAAACGAAUGCUGACACUAAUCGAUAACAUUUACUGAUACCUUAAAAAUUUCGGAUCUUACCAAAAACUGAAUGCAGUAUUUUUAGGCCCGUGGUGUGGGUACAUGUAUUCAAUCCCGUCUGUUAGUUACACCUGGGUAACGGAAAGCUAGCCGGGAUGAGAAGGCAAUGAUUGCAAGUGCAUGGCUGUAUUUCAAUUAGGCACGGAUGUAAAAUAGUAAAUUUAGCCUUGUAAUUGACUAUUUAUUUGGAUACACAUGCAGUCUUUUUGGCGUUCGUAAUUUAUCAAUGGGUUAUAAAUAAAUUUCUUAUUUUCCCUUCAGAUGCAAGAAAGGCGAAAACUUCCUUGAUUUGGCUCAUAUAUUGAGGAAAAAGGUAUCCGAAAUAUGCCAGCAAUAUUUCAAAUACUUAAAGUUUGUAUUUGGCCCUGUAUGUCCUCGCGAAAAUUGUCCAGGUGCCACAUUCCAUGUAGAAAAUAUACAACGACCUUGCGAAUCAAGUUCUUCGGAAAGUGAAGAAAAUUCUCAAUCUAGUGAUGGCUCGGAAACGGAGACAGAAGACAACGCAAACCAAAAAGUGGUCGGUGCAACUGCAGCCAACCAAAAUGAACGUCGGCGGCACGUGAUUCCUAUUAAUCUCGACUCAUUUGAUCCACCAUACUGGUGUCAAGAAGUCGAUCUAAGUGAAAACCUGAAGGACUGGGACCCAGCAUUAACGGCAUCAGAUGAGGUAAUAGUAACGCUAAAUACUCGAAACUUAUAGGCAUAGCGUUUUCCAUCCGAUCAUAUCUAAGCUGAUCAGUACAUUUGAUCCAUGUUUCAUUACCAAUUAUUUGAGAACUUCGUGGUUUUAGGAUUGCCAAAUAAAUCUGCUAUCGUUUCACUUCAUCUUUCCCAAC